CUCGACUCAGGCUUUUCUUGCCCUGCGGGGCUGGCCUAGCACCCCAGCUCACAUGAACGGAGACGAGGCCAAAGCGUGGUAUAACCCUGCUGGUGGCGGCUCGCUCCACACCCGUCAGCAGAAUUCGUCGUGCCAGACCCUCGAUGUAUCUCAGUUGAAAUCGUUUGGUGUCUUUGAGGAUGCUCUGCGGUAUGCGAGCAGCAUGUGGGGUCCUGAUUGGGACAAUAUUACGACGAAUCUCCCUGAUUACCCGAAUCAGACGGCAUACUCAUGUGCCCCGAAUCAACCAGUACAAGAGGCAUACUGGACAACCCCUACGUGCGCGAACCAAACCCUAGGGUUUACUGGAUGCAUUAAGCGGGGUAACAGCACUGCGCAAGUAAACGUGCGUCAAGGGACUUCUGUCACCACUUCAACAUUAGUUCAACAUGCUAUUGAAUUUGGUAGCAGAACCCAGUACACUGUCUGGGUGGGUAUUCCCUUAGUCUUUAAAAUUGCAAUCGUUGAAACUAUUUAUGCCUUUCUCGUCAAUACGAAUGGUCACAGGUCUACUACCACAGACGAUGCCCGCACCUUUGUAACUCAAACUGUCAGUUGUCCCGGCCCAGCCAUCGCCAAUGCGAGUGUCAGCCUUCAAGCUUGCUGGGCUGACAGUCAGGUCGCCAUCCCCCUCACAGUGUAUGGCUGGCUGUGGUUCCAUUACGGAACAAAAAGGCAGAAUCAUUAUCUAUGUCCGUAGGCUGCUAUUGACCCACCACGGGGAUUCAUUGGUGUCUUGUUCAUUCCGUUAGGGGGCGUUAAUAUGGAGACGGUCAGCACUGUCGACAGUCGCCGGCAGGGUGUAACACUCUCCGUUCACUUAUCUGCCGAAUCAUACGGUUCCGUUUAUGCCGAUUGUGUUCCAUGGACCAACGAUUCGGUAUGCAUUCAAGGCGGAAUCCCCGCUCCUCCGUAGCGGAUCCUGCAAGUUUUUCGACGUGAAAGCAAGGCUCUCUACUAUAACACUUCAAAUUCCC